GGCAACAGAUAAGUAAAAAGUGAGCUCCUCGGACGCACGACAACACACCAACUGAAGUGGAAAGCGGCUCCUGUUCUGCUCCUUAUUCCAUUUCGGACGUUGCAUUCAAGGCGGCACGGCACGGCACGGCUUCAGACUACUGCGGGACGCGAUCCACAGGAAGAAGUCAGCGUUAAGAAGACAGUCUUUUGGCUCCUGCGUUACAUUUACUUUGGUUUCUUUUCUCAGCUCUUUUUUUUGUCAGCGAAUUAGUAUCUGUCACUCGGUUUAUAGCUGGAAAAGGUGGAAAGCAACGAUCGAGUUUUGCCAUCACGAAGACAAAAUUGAACUAAUGACGGCAGAGGUCCAGCAGCCCCCAGCGCAGACUCCUGGCCAGAGCAGCCCGAUGUCCGCCCCGGAGAAGCCGCACGGACAGACCGCGGUGAUGGAAACCGCCUCUUCCACGACGAAAACCAAAAAGACAAACGCAGGGAUCCGCAGACCAGAGAAACCCCCGUAUUCAUACAUCGCUUUGAUAGUCAUGGCGAUCCAGAGCUCACCCACCAAGCGCCUGACGCUCAGUGAAAUAUACCAAUUCCUCCAGAGCCGCUUCCCGUUUUUUAGGGGCUCCUACCAGGGAUGGAAGAACUCCGUGCGUCACAACUUGUCCCUGAACGAGUGCUUCAUUAAGCUGCCCAAAGGCCUCGGCCGGCCAGGGAAAGGCCACUACUGGACUAUCGACCCGGCCAGUGAGUUUAUGUUCGAGGAAGGCUCUUUCAGAAGGAGACCCCGGGGCUUUAGGCGCAAGUGCCAGGCGCUGAAGCCCAUGUACAGCAUGAUGAACGGCCUGGGAUUCAACCACAUCCCCGAGUCCUACAACUUCCAGGGGGGCGGCGGUGGCCUAUCAUGUCCGCCCAACAGCUUGUCUCUGGACAGUGGGCUCGGGAUGAUGAAUGGACACUUGGCAGGUAACAUGGAAGGGAUGGGUCUGUCCGGCCACACCAUGUCACACUUGUCGAACAACAGUGGACAUUCCUACAUGGGAAAUUGUACAGGAUCCAACGGGAGUGAUUAUCCCCACCACGACAAUUCUGCCUCUCCUCUGCUCACUAGCGGAGGAGUCAUGGAGCCUCACCCCGUCUACUCGAGCUCAGCCUCGGCGUGGGCUCCGGCCCCCUCCGCCUCGCUGAAUAACGGGGCCUCCUACAUUAAGCAGCAGCCGCUGUCUCCUUGUAAUCCAGGGGGCAACUCGCUGCAGCCGAGCUUGCCCACACAUUCACUAGACCAAUCGUACCUGCACCAGAACGGGCACAAUACUACAGAUCUACAAGGUAUUCCACGGUACCAUUCCCAGUCUCCGAGCAUGUGUGACCGAAAGGAGUUCGUCUUUUCGUUCAACGCCAUGACGUCCUCCACGAUGCACUCGCCGAGCAGCAGCGCGUACUACCACCACCAGCAGGUCUCCUACCAGGACAUCAAGCCCUGCGUCAUGUGAGGAUGCGCCCGCAGACCAGAGGACGGUGUCACAGACUUGCGCCGUGCAGCCGCGUGAACGCAGACCAGCGCAGACCAGCAAAUAACCACUGAGAGACACGCAGGCAUGCCCCGGCCCGCGGAGAUGCACCCACUGCUUCAAGUAGAGCGGACUACUUUUUCUGUUUCACACAGCGACAAAGACGCGGAGACUCACAAAGCAAACCACAUAAUAAUAAUAAUAUAUAAUAAUAUUAAUACAAAUUUUAAAUGCCAUCAACAUCGACCAGCGGGGUAACGACUGGGUGCAUGAGCCCCUGCUGCUGUUUGGUACUUAGUCCUGCAGCGCGGAUGACUACCACUUCACACUUGUGUUAAUGUUUAUUCUUCUUGUUAAAAGUGGGUCAAUGUACAAAUGUACACGUCAAUUUUUCUUCGACUGACGUUUUUACUUUUCUUUUCUCUGAUAAAUUAGACUGGGGCUCCUUUUAUUCUUUUGGACUUUUUUAAAGGAACAAUUAUGGACAUUACAUAAAACAUGCCCAUAUAUAUUGUGUAAAAAACGAUGAAGGCACUUUUGAAUAGCCUAAGCGCAUCUUUUUAUUUAUUCUGUCGGCCUACAUAUUUUAAUUUCAGGCGAAUUGGCCAAGGAGGUAUAUUCUUUAUUGGCAAUAUUUGUCAGAACGCUUGUUAUUGUUUUGAAAUGAAAAUGGAGGAUAUAUUGUAAGCACUGUUGUUCAUGUGUUAGAGAUGUAGAUUAUUAAUUUCAGCACUGUAUAUAAUGUUAGGGAAAUUAGCAAGGGUCCAAUGAGGGCACCUUUUUAGGCUAUAUUGCAACAAAUCAUUUGUAAGAAAUAAAAUAUAUCUGUUGGGCUAUUUAAGCCUAAAUCCACCAAAACUAAUUUGAUUUCUUCACACACCCAGAUAUUGCAAAAUGUUUUCACUGCAAACUAAAUGCACCAAAACUGUAAAUCUAACACUUUUGCACAAAACCAAAUUAGCAGUAUUACAAUAGUGAAUACAUUUCUGCUUUUUCCUGAAGCAUCACAAUAAUUAUCACAAUUGAACAGGACACACCAUAAAUGUAUAGCCCUGCAAUUAAAUAAUCAAAUUAAAAAGGAAGGUAAUCUGACUUCACUUGGCUUUAAUCUUUAGUCUGAAGAUUAAAGCAUAAUGGGGUUACAAGGUGUAUACUAUACUAAAGUAGUAUACGCAUGUUCAUAGCAAAGUGGCGUCUUGUUAUAAUGCAGUUCAUGACUGAGGCCAGAACCUGACCGUUUAAGUCUGUGUGUUUUCCCUGCAGCUACGCCUGUUCAGGAAAACUGAUAUUGAAUGAACAAAUCUGAUUUUCCACAAAACCAUGAUUACGGAUUUUAAAUAAAGGCUUGCUGUAAUGAAUUGUU